GGUCAGGUACAGUCCUCCUGCAGAGCUUGCCGCCUCCAGAAAUUCACCCAAGGAACAAGAAAGGAGGAUGCUACUCUGAGAGCAUUGGAGAAAAAUUGCAGCAGCAGAGGUGACGCCGCCACUGGGCUGGAGAAAUGGUCGCAGGGCAACUCAGACCCAGUGUGUGUCGUCUGUGGAGAUCAUGUCAAACUCUCUCUGUCUACGACUGAUAAUAUCUACCGCUGUUCAUCUUGCCGCUUCUUCUACUACAACAGAAGCAGCAAAGGAAUAGAUCCAAGUCACCGGAAGUGUCUACAGCAAGGCGACUGUGAAAUACUGAGGAAUAAUGGAGAAUGGGUGACCAAGAGAUGCAUUCCAUGUCGUCUGAACAAGUGUAUAGAGUGGUUUGGAGGGAUAGGAAGGCGGAAAUCUGGAUUCAAAUCCCCGCAGCCUACCAGUGAACAUGUUCUGGAUGGUACUGGAGAAGAGAUGCCAAGCUUUGCCAGUCUGGCUGCUGAGGCUGUUGGUAAAGAAGGCCAAUCUAUACUAGGUGAAGGACAAUCGGUCAUCAGUCCCUCCAGAAGGCUGGAUUUCGGAGACACAGAAGCGGAGGUUGCUGAGCCAAUGGCAGAGUCAGCAGAUGGCACUGAGACAACUCCCCUGGUAAAAGGAGGCCCCAGGAUUAAGCAUGUGUGCAGAAAGGCAGCAGUGGCUCUGGGCACACCAGCGAAGUUCCCACUAACCCCUGAACUCCGUCUCAGUGCUCUUCCCAACCUGGAGAAGGCACAGAUACUGAAGGAUGAGGAGAAAGCCAGGGCAGGAGACAGCUCUGACUCUGAUCUUCCAAUGGACGAAAUCAUAUCCAGGUCAGAGGACAAGAAGCAUGAUGUUGUCCAUGUAAAGAAGACCACCCCUGUAAAGUCCUCCCCGCGAAAGAGUCCCCUGGAGAGACGGCAACCUGUGGUGAAAAUACCAGGCAGGCGCAUGAUGCGGUGUAAGAAAUGUCCUGGGUGUCUUACCAAAGAUUGCGGCGCAUGCGUGGCAUGCAGGGACAUGCCGAAGUUUGGAGGAAAGGGUCUAGGAAAGAAGGCUUGUGCCAAACGCAAAUGUGCCAAUCCUAUUUACCCUUAUCAACGCCCAAAAGAGAAGUCCCCUAAAAGAAGUGCAGCAGCAGCUUCCUCAACUGUGCGAAACGCAGGGCAUAACUCCGGCCAUAACUCAGACACAGACAGUGUCGUGUCGACUGGAAGCAAAGCUAGCAUUUCAGAACAACUGAUGGCCAGGUUUUCAGCCAAAGAGGUCUUGACCCCUCCAACUGAUGUGGCAGAGAGGAGGAAUAAGAAGGCAAUGGAUGGGAAGACUGGUGAUGUACCAGUUCCAGCAGUGUUACAGCAGAAGAGAACUGGCAGGAUGAUUGAUAAGACUCAGCGCGACCUUCUGUCUGCGAAGACCGCCAUUAUGCCGGCCCUUCCCACAGCCAGACAGAGGCAGUGGUCAAUAAGUGGGCAGAGCAAGCACAGAAUCAUGGCAGAUUUCAUUGAGAAUUAUGACAUAGAUAUUGCAUGGGAGCGAGGUCUGUCGCUAAUUGCAGCAACACCGUUUUGUGUGAGGCUCGUCUGCUUCCUCUGUGGCAGUGCUGGCCAGCAUGAUUUAAUUUACUGCAAUAUUUGCUGUGAGCCAUUCCAUCUAUUUUGUCUGGAGGAACAUGAGAAACCAAGCAAAGAUGAACAAGAAAACUGGUUAUGUAGACGAUGUCAGUUCUGCAAUGUGUGUGGUAGAAGGAACAAUCUUUUGCAAUGUGACAAGUGCAACAAUACCUAUCACCCCGAGUGUCUGGGUCCUAACUACCCCACCAAACCAUCUAGGAACAAAAAGAUAUGGGUAUGUACAAAGUGUGUGAAGUGUCGUAGUUGUGGGGCCACAUCGCCAGGAACAACAACAGGUGCUAUGUGGACGCACGACUUCCAGCUCUGCUACGAAUGUGGGAAGCUAAUGGACAAAGGUAAUUAUUGUCCUGUGUGUCACAAGUGUUACUCGGACGACGACUGGGAGUCCAAGAUGGUGCAGUGUUCAGGGUGUGAGGCCUGGGUCCAUGCUAAGUGCGAGAACAUGACAGAUGAGGUGUACCAGCUAGUCUCCUAUCUCCCUGAUGACGUGCCCUUCACGUGUCAGAUCUGCACCAAGAGCCGUCCAGCCCAGUGGGAGCAGGCGGUCAUGGCAGAGAGAAUGACCGGGUUCCAGAUGGUCAUUCAGGCCAUUACCCAGUCCAAGAGUGCCCAGCAUCUCAUGAAUUUUAAACAUAGUCUAGAAGAGAUGAGUUUAUCUGUAACAGCAGGUACCAGUGAAGAAUACAAAAAUAUUUUUGAAGAAGAACCAGUUGUUCUAGAACACACUACCAGAUUGGGGACCAAAUUUGGGUCGAAGAAAGGUGAAGGUCAUGAAGAAGAACAAAAAGGUGAAGGUAAGGAAGAAAAGAAGACGCCAAUCAUUCACAGUGAAGCACCAGACAAUACGCAAGCCCAGGACAUGUCUUGUGAUGAAGAAAUCAUUGUUUAUGAAGAUCAAAAGCAGAGGAGAGUGACAAGAUCUGGCGUCAAGGGCAGAAAAGCUGAUCAGGAAAGAGAUGUUGAUAUGGCAGCACCUGGUUGUCAUGACACAAAAUCAACAGACAAAUUUAUUGAUAAACAUGUUAGUCAUGUUGAUUUGGAACAUGAUGAACGAGGUGGUAUGGGUUCAGAUACUAAGGAUGAGGAACAUGAAAAGACAUCUGUUGGUCGUGUGACUAGAUCAGGGGUUAAAAUUGUGGCAGAGAAAAGGACAGCAGAGAAAGCUUUGCCAAAAUCUGACGAAAGGACAGGUAGAAGUGUUGUUCAAACAGGAGACAAAAAUGUUCAGAGCUCUGUGAAUCAAAGUGAUGAGGAUGUGGACAAGGCGUCCAACCAAGAAGAUUCUCUACAGGGGGUUGAUGGAGGUGAAAAUAAGAGAGACAAAUCACUACCAGUAGAGGACAGCAGUGUUCAGUUUUCUACCAAAGACAAUCUGGAAGAAGGACAACAUACUUCUUUCACAUCUAACUCAGGGAUGGAAGAUGCCAGUGAAGAUAGCAAGAUUUCAAGUCAAGGGAUUUCCUUUGAAAAUAAAAGUGAUGGUACCACAGCCAUGUCUAAAUUGGGUUCAGUUUCCACUGGUACAGAUGUGGAAAUGGUGGAGCAGACAACAGAAGCUGACAGCACAAUUAACCAAUCAGAAUUAAGUUCAGCACAUGAAUCUCAGGAUGAAAAAGAGGCCAGUUUUGGAUUAAAAGCUGAUGAAAGCACAAACUUGUUGGCACUUGUUCAGGCUUCAUCACCUAUAUAUAAAGGUGAGGAAAGCUCAGGCAUUAGUGACCCUAAGUCCCAUAGUUUAGAGAGUGACUCUUCCAGGAAUGAUAAAGGGGGUACUCAGACAAUCCCUAGCUCAGGCCAGAGAUUAUCUUUGACAGAUGUAACAUCUGAAAGCUGCACAAACAUUAACAAUGUUCAAAAAGCAACCAGUACAAGACAAACUAUCUCCACAUAUGAAGACCAGUUCAUCAGAUUUGCCCUGGGAAGUUCUGAAGGAUCAGCAUUAGCCAAACCAUUACCAGGUGGCAGCAGCAGUACAGGUAAAACAGACAACCAAGAGGAGCCGGGAUGGCAUGGCAUAUCACAGAAUCAAACUAAAACAUGUGAUGAAAGCAUGGACACGACAACAUCAUUACAGCAAAAAGAGGAUUACAUAAGUAUACAGACAAGGGACAAAGAGAUGAGUGUUGAUUCCCAAAACAAACAGACAGGAGACAAAACAAAGAGUAUUGUAUCACAUGGUGAAGUGGCGGGUGGUCAAGAGGAACAGCAAGAUGAAGACACCUGGCCAGAGGGCUGCCCACAAGACUUCCAUCAAAUUAAAACCAAACUGACUGAGAACCAAUACAAGACACUGGAGGAGUUCAGUGAUGACAUCAUCAGGAUAAUUCAGGCAGCCAUAAAGAAACAAGACCUGUUACCUGGCUAUGUGAGGAAAGCAAACAACACAGUUCGGUCCAUAUUUGUUAAGCAAAUGGAGAAAUGUUUUCCUUGGUUUAAUGUGAACAAGUCUAAUCUGUGGGAACACAGCAGCAAUCUGCCAGCAGGGAUGCUGCCAGACGCGGUCAUCCCCCCUACUGAUGACCACACCUACGCACAGUGGCUGGAGAGAGAGGAACACCCCAUAUCGCCCCAACCCUCUCCCUUCAAAAAGAUGCUCAGGUCACCCACAAAGACUGUAGUGCCCGUUGCCUCCUUGACAGAGAACACGGGUAACUUUGCCACCAUGAUAACAGAAGUUGACCAGCCACUGAAGGAGACCAGUGAAUUUUUUGGGGAGGACAACAGAAAAUGUUCCUUCUGUGGUCAGGUUGGAGAUGACACACCAAAUGAUGCAGGCAGACUCCUGUAUGCUGGCCAGGACGACUGGACGCAUGUCAACUGUGCCUUGUGGUCAGCUGAGGUGUUUGAGGAAGUGGACGGGUCACUCCAGAAUGUCCACUCAGCAAUGGCCAGGGGAAGGAUGCUGAAGUGUGAGAGGUGUAAGCAGAGUGGUGCCACUGUUGGGUGCUGUACCAGGGGCUGUCCAUCCAACUACCACUUCAUCUGUGCCAAACAGGCCAACUGCAUCUUCCAAGAGGACAAGAAAGUGUUCUGCUGGGAGCAUAGGUUUCAUUUGGAUGGAGAGGUUGUGAAAAAGGACAAGUUUGCAGUGCUGAGAAGAGCAUGUGUGGAUAUGGAGAGCAUACGCUGGACCAAGAAGAACUGGGUCAAUGGGUUACAACCGGAUGUUUUGAACAUUCUUGUUGGCUCUAUGACAGUUGAAAACCUUGGUAGAUUAUGUCCCAUAUCUGACCUUCAUGAUCUGUUGUUCCCUGUGGAAUUCUGCUGCACCAGAGUGUAUUGGAGCACCAGAGAUGCGCGACGCAGGUGUAUUUACACAUGCCGGAUUAUAGAGGUCCAACCUACGGAGGAUAAUGCCGCAGAUAUCAUCAUGCAAGAUAUGACCAUUGUCCAUGAUGAGACUCAUCCACAGUAUGACGCUAAAGCCAUGGAGUCAUUAAGUCAGUUGAGCACAUGCUCAAUGAAACCUGUUCAUGCUGAUGCACCAUCAGUUGUCAAAGAACAGCAGCCAAAGCCAUCAUUUGCCUCCGAUACUCAACAUUUGGAAGACAAAAGCAACGUGGAAAAGUCUGACAGGGAGCCUCGCGCCAAGAAGCUAAAACGAAGUGUCAGUUUGCCAGAGGGAGUCAUGGGUAGUCCUCAGUGGGGGAACAUUGCCAGUACUAGUCUUGGUCAAUCUUGGCCCAAGGCACAGAAACCAACCACAGUUGAUCUCUCUGUGCUGUCUCCCAAGACAUUAAAGUUAUUGAAUCUUGACCCUGGAAAGGCAGUUCCAGUUGUCGCUUCUCCUCAACUGGAGGAUCAUAAGCUGGCCAACCUGAGGAAGUUCACCAAACGCCUUAACGUUGCAGCCAAUAAAAACCUGAAAAGAAAUGAGAAGCUUUGGGAGAAGCAAAUUGCAUCAGGGGAGAGUGACACUGAUAUAUCAACUGAAACUCCUGGCUUGCCUGUUCGUGACUAUAGAAAGGUGGAUGACAAAGGUGUGGUUGAAAUGGAAAGAACUGAUGAAUCUGAUUUAGACCAUCAAUCAGACUUAAAACCUGUUGAGAAGACAGCAACAUCAAGCAAGGUCACACAGGAUAACAAUGUCAAAGAAUCACCUGUGGACACUUUAGAAGUUGAAUUGCAGAGAGCAAAUGACUCAGACAAUUCAGUCGAUAUAAUUAAUAGGUCUGAAGCUUCAGUUGAAGAUUUGUGUACAAAAGAAACGGAUGUGUCUCAAACAGAAUCUCUGCCACCCAAAAACUCGGCAGAAUGUGACGACCUGGUUCCCAUGGAAACGGACAUGGAUGAAGCUGUUCCACUCUCCAGUUUAGAAGAAGAAGACACCAUUGCUAUAGAAGUUGAAAGCAAUAGGGGUACCAUAAUCAUAUACCGUGAUGAAACUGAAGAACAGAACACUGAAAACAACAAGGAAGCUACUGUGAUUGUUCUUGAUGAAAAAGGAGAAGUGGUGGAAGUCACUAAGCAGUCAGUUAGUUUAGAUGAUGACCUGGAUGCAAACCAACAGACACUAGAAGAAUCCUCCAACAAAGAGGAGUCUUCAAAUGUCAAGGAUGCCCCACAAGUAAAUGCUGCUAUUUGUUCAGUAGAACAACACCAUAAUACUGACCUCUCUGCUACAGCUUGCUCAACUCAGAGUGAAAUCAAAGAUGGAUUAUUGGAUGAAACAGAAGUCCCCACAAAACAGGCAACUGAGACAAUUCAAGCUGAGGAUGGUAUUCAAGAGCAGCAGCUUUAUGGUAAUGAUGGACAGAAUGUAAGAGUGGCAGAAAAGGCAAAUGAUAGUUGUAGUCAGUUUCAGGUGGAAGAGAAAGCAAACAAUGAAACAGUUCUUACAGAAGAAAACAAAGAUCAAGAAAUCAGCAAUUCCUCUGAUUCAUGUUUAGUCACAGCUAGAAAUAAUAAAGAAAAGGAUUGUGAUGCUGAAGAUGAUGACAUCAUUUGUGAAAAAGUUGUCCCUCCUCCAACUGCUUGUUUUCCAGUAUCAGGAACAAACUUGCUACAAAGUGGUGUCCAGAUGGAGCCAUUUCAGCCACCUUUUACGACACAGUUGAUGGUUUCUAGAUCUUCACAGCCAGAGGUCAUACCACAGCCAAUUCCAUCACUUAAAUCCCCUGUCCCAGAUCAGUUUAGUAAUCAGCUUACCCACCAGUCUGAUGAAAAAUCAAUCAGAGAAUUACUGGUGCCAACAGUGGUGUCUGAGGCAAUGGAGCAGACUUCAGAAGAUGACUAUCUCAAGAGUUUUAAAAGUGCUGGAAAAUCUAAUAAGGCCCAGCAUGACAUCAAGCAAAAUAAGACCAAGAGUUCUGUACCCAAAAGUCCCUCUGGAAGUAAGCCAUUUGAUAAACAACAGGCAAUUAGUCCUAGUAGAGGGGGAGCAGCAAGGAAAAACAGCUUUUCUCAAAGUUUUGAUUGUCCAUACUCUUCUUCUUCCAGUAGCUCCCUCUCCAGGCAAGAUAGUGGAGAGUCAGUGCGGGAGAUAUUGCGUAACAGUAUUAUUGGAAGACAAAAUUCCCAGCCAAACUCACCAGCACGCUCUGAUUCUUCUCUUAAAGCAUCGCCAAAGUCCUCACCAUUGGGGGCCAAAGCAAGUCGUGAAAACGAUCCCAAGCAGAUGAAUGCCAAAAAGAAAAUCAGUCUAGACCAAAGAAAAUCACCAGUGACCAGUUGUCCAGGCAGUGCCAGUGAAAUGCUGUCAACCAUUGCUGCCUUACACCAUUCAACCAGUGUGAUGACCCAGGCACACACAGCACCCUUGGAACAAACUCAAAGCUUAAUGAAUCAGCCACCUGCUUCUAUGGUCCAGCACAUUCCAGUGAAUUCUGUCCACACACCACUUGAUGUAAUGCAGUCUCAGAUGCCUUUAAUGCAGACAGCUAUGCCUGUUGUAAGGCAGCCCCCAUUACCUGUUCUCCAGCCAUCCCCACUGCCUUUAAUACAGCAGCCACGUGCGUCAGCCCAUAUGGGUCUACCUCAAGCACCCGUCACUGGCUCUAUAGGUCUGCCUUCACUGACCCCACCGGGUCUUCUCCCCAUGCCAGUUCUGAUGCCAGCAAUGCCAUGCCCAGUCAUGGUUCCACCUGCAGGUGCUUUCCCAGCCAUGCCAAAUGCCUUACCUCCACCUGUGGUCACUGGCAUUCUGGCUCCCAUUGUGAGAGGUGCCCAGACUGGUAGUACCACUGCUGGAGGAAACAUGCCCCCUGUGGUAGAUUUGACAGAAGACAUGGAGCCUGCACAGCAGGAGUCAACUUGUGAUCAAAGACCAAUAGUAACACUUCCUGAGCAAGGUGCCUCGUUGUCCAGUGGAAAUCAGAAUUUAAACAGAAAUGAUGAAAAAAUGGAUGAUGAACCAGCAAUUUAUUCUUCUCAACCUACAAUGAGCAGAGAGAAUAGUAAAGCAAAGGCAGCCCCUGCUGAAUCUGCGGAUAGCGUGAUAGAAGAGGUGACAUCAGUCAUGGCCGAGUUGCUUGAUAAAGUAGUAGCUACAGUAGACAGAUGUAUACCCUUUGAGCCUUAUCAGCAGAGACACAGCGACACAUCUAAAAGCACUCCCAUCAUUGAUAAUAGUACAGCAUGUAACCCUCAACUUGGUACGCCUGAGUCAGUAUCCCAGAAAGAUGAAUAUACACACACUGACGUGAGCAUUAAAGGACAAGACUUUUUAAGAGAAGAAAAAAUCAAAAAGAGCAUUUCAGAUAAUUCAAACAAAAUACCUAUUAUUAACAAAGGGGUACUUAUUGGAUACAAAGUACCAUUAAAGAGCAUGCACACAAAGGUCCCUUCUGAAGCUGAAAGGAAGCUGAAGGAAGCUGAAAUAAUUACUCAAGCAAAAGAUGGAUAUUCAAGUGAAGAUCAGCACACAGAUGGUCAAGUCCUGAGCGAUGACUCUCUAGGCAGUCCCAGAAGUCCUCUUAGUCCCAGCAGCGGGAGAAGAAGCAAGAAGGGUCAAAAUUUGGUCGGAUUGAAGUCUUAUCCACUUAGAAGGACUGCUGGCAGAUUGGCAGAACAUGCCAUGUCUAGGGACAAAUUGGCAAAGAUAUGUCGUGAAAGUGAACAAAAGAAAUUAGAUGAGAAGAAAGCACUUCUUGAUGAGAGUGCCAAGGGUAAAUUUUCAUCCGAAGAGACCUUAGCACUCAUUCAUUCUGACAAAAAUAAAGAUGGGCUAUUCAGUGGCUAUGAAAAAACGGCACAAUCUGGAGAUGAUGAUACUCUUGGCAAGGACAGUAAUGAUACAUAUCCACAAGCAAAAGUCAUUUUGGAGAAACUGAACAAAUCCCAUGUGCGGAGACUAUCCCAGGAAGGAAUCGAAUUUAAUGAAGAAUUACCUCUUCAUGAUAAAAUAGCUCUUCAGAUAAAGCUAAAAAGUUUGGAGCACAUUGAAGAAGAUGGAGGUCCCUACCGCUGCUCCAAUUGCAAAAGAAUGUACAGAACUAAGGAAAGCUUUGGACGUCAUGAAAAGGAUUGUACGGAUGUAGUCAGUUCUAGCACUGAUGAGAGUGACAAUGAUGAUGUUGAUAUGCCUGAUCAUAUUAAAGUUUCUUCAGUUGAAGCAUUGCCAGUUUCUUCAGUUGAAGCAUUAGUGAAAAAGCGUGGACGAGGACGUCCAAGAAAAGCACAUGUUGAGGAGAAGAUUCAGGUAGACCCCUCUGAAUUGCAUAAUGAAAAAGAUGAUGAUGAUGAUGAACACGAAGAAGUCAAGAAAUUACAUAGGAGGCCAGGUAGGCCAAGGAAAUCUAUGCCACUGGACUUGAAUACAAACAAAGAUGAAGAAGAUAAAGAAGAGCAGUCCACAGAGGAAACACCAAAAAGACGUGGAAGACCUCCCAAACUAAAGCAAAUCACAGAAAUUGCUUCCAAAUCAACUCUGUCACAACUACCUGUCCCACUUACUCAAAAAGUAUUGAACAACCCUCCCAAGAAGAAAAGAGGAAGGCCACGAAUUAAACCUCUACCAGAAAAGACAAGAGAGGAUUCUUAUUCUGAAAGCAGUGAUGAAGGUUUAUCUGAGGUUUGUGGAUCUGAUGAUGGGCAAGGGAGGAUGCUUCGCAGAAGGAGAAGAAGCCUGAAUCUUGAGCAUGACAACACACCCAGCAUGGAAGAAAACAAAGAUUUAGAUCAUAAAGUAGCAGGCAGUCCAGAGUCUGAAAAGAAGACUUCUGACUCUCAAGAAGGUAAUCCAGUUAAGAAAAGAGGAAGACCAAGAAAGUAUCCUUUACUGGAUUCUUUGUCAGAUGAUGAAAAUGAAUCUGCUCGAGAAAAUGUACACAAAACACCACAAAUUUUAGAAGCUGACCAACCUUCAGAUGGGUCUCUGCAACAGAGUGUGAAGAGAGGCCGAGGUCGACCAAGAAAAUACCUUGAGCAAGAUAUAUUAGCAAAAGAAGGUGAUGAUGAAUCUGAUCUAGUUUCAGAGAGCACAUCACUUUCACAGAGAAAGAAGGAUGUAUCACCUUCAAAAAGAGCUGUUGGGCGGCCAAGGAAGUAUCCUUUGCAAGAGAGAAUUCAUGCUUUUAAGAGUGACGGGUCUGAUGGCAGUGAGGCUGAUUGCAGCUCUCAACAAAUAAGGAAAAACUUGAAAGAUCUAGGCAGUAAGGACCAGAACAGUGAAAUUGAUUUUGGUGAGGAUGAUUCUGGGUCACCCACAAGGAGAAGCAAGGGCAGAGCAUGCAAGUUUUCAUAUGGCAGCAUGGGGAAGUACACCAAAGCCAAAGAGCAAACCAAAGAAAGGAAACCAAAAGGACUAGAUGUGUCACUUUCCAAACAAAAUCCAGAUGAUGUAAAAACUGUAGGCUCAAAAUACCCACUCCGUAGAGCAAGGGAAAACUCCAUAAAAAUGGUUCCAAAUCAGAAGGUGAUGAAAGCGGUUAAACAUUUGAAUGAUGCACUUAGUGGUGAUGAAAGUGAUAAUGACAUGGCAUCCAUUGAGAUUGAUAGCGACUCUGGUCAAGAUUCGGAUGGGUCAAUUCAAUUAAAAUUCAAUCCAAAAAGAUUAACAAGGACUUAUGAAGGAAAGGGUUCUAAGAGAAUUGAGAGUUUUGGGGAAAUUUCAGCACAAAGGCAUACUGAGGAUACGGACACAAGUUUUGGAGAUGACAAUACUGAAAGAGGCAGUCUGACUGUAGAGAAGGGGAUGAAGGAGGAAGAAUGGCUCUCGGUCAUAAAUUCUUCCAAAGAAAUCUCCAAAAUUAAGGUGCCACAACAGCAGAGUGAUCUUCAAGAGACUACAGCUGAAGAUGUCUCAGUUUCUCUCUCUCAACCAAAAAACAAGGACAGUGCUUUGACUUUGAGAGGUUUUGAAAAAGAUGUACCUUUCAAAAAUCCAAAUUCUAACCAAGGAAAAAAGGUGGAAACAAAGAAGAGGUCCCAUUCCAGUAGUGAUGACAUUGAGAUGAAGCGAGGCGAGUCUAGUUCAGAGAGUGAUGUACCUCUAGAGUCGGAAUCGAUUAUUGCCUCAAAUAUUCAAACAUCUACCGUCUCUGCAGUGAACACUUUAGCAUCAGACAUACAAUGCAGUAUUGGUGGGGUAGCUUCUAACCCUGUUUCUACUUCAAUUACAACAGCCAAUACAUUGAUGAAGACAUCAGGAGGGACACAACAGCUAACUUAUGCUGCAGAUAUCUCAACAGUUGAGGAUGGAAGUGAUGUCCAGAAAUCUACCCAUAGCUCUCCAGAGAAAGACAAUGAUCCAAAAGCGCUUGCUUUAUUUGAUCCAGAAUUUGGGACUCUUAAGGACAGUGCUUCUCCUGAUGCUGAAAUUCUGAGGGAACCAGCCAUGAGACCAAGAGUGGAGAAACAAUCUGAGCAUGAAUUAAAGCAAGAUGCCCCAAAGUCAAAGCAGCCAACAGGCGAAUUGAAACAAAUUAAAUCUAAUGAGUUUGUCUUUCAGCUUAUUCCUCCCAGCAAACUUGGUUCUGGAGACUCUGCCCCUCUGUUGAAGCUAAUUAAAAAUCCCAUACCUCAAGCUAUCCCUAGAAAAGAGAAGCAAAUGCCACAAAAACAGAACAACCCAGGGACCCAUAAAAUUCAGAACAUAUCAUCUGGGAACUCCCAGAGCCUAACAGGCAAACAAGGUCCUCAUAUUAAAGUUAUUCAGGGUUCUCAUUUGUCAGGAGACAUCCCUAGAGUGCCCAACUCUUCGAUAAACAGCCAGUUACCAGCCUCGUUACAGAAUUUGGUGGCACAAGUCCAGCCUAAGCAAACUGCAGGAACACUCCCCAGUAACCAGUCCAGGUUGCAUUCCAGUCGGUCAAUUUCGAUGCAUCCACAAGCAAGGCCACCUGCUCCUAGUACCAUACAGACCCCAUCUGCCUCAUCGCAACUUAAAAUGCUAAUCAACAAAGCAUCCAAUUUUGCAUCCCCACAGAAUGAACUGCUCAUCACAAACUCUUUAGGAAAUACAAUGCUUGCUCAGAAGAGCAACCUGGAAACCCCAGUGCUCACUCAGGACAUGACAGACAUGAUGAAAAGUGGACAGCUCCAUUACGUUGGCUCUCUCUGUGUUGAAGGAGAAGGAGAUGCGACAGGUGCUUUGGAAGUAGCCCCAGGUAUUUUAAAGGGGGUCGUGAAUAAAACCCAGCGACCUAAGAUGAUUGUCAAGAGGGUCAUCAUGCCGUCUGGGAUGUCCACUUCCAGUGCUAUUUCGUCCAUCCCAAUGCAAACCAGUUCUAGUGUGUCGGCCAUUUCUUCUUUUUCCCAGGUUCCGGUUACUUCUAAUUCCAAUCCUUUGUUGUCCAUAUCCUCGGGAAUGAUUACACCAACUGUUCAGAGUGUUUCCGAAGGAUUGUUGUCUGGAAGGAAGAAUACCCACACAAUUCCUAUGCAUGCAGGGGAGAUAAGGAGGAGAAUCAUCAAGAUGAAGUCUCCACAGGACAAGUCGGUGUCUGUGGUUUACCGGAAUCAACUGGCGCCCCCUUCACAAGUUAUAUUGCCACACCAGUCAGGGCUUAUGUCUCAAAUAGAUUCGCAGAUGGUGAAGUCCUUGCCUAGCACGGAUCUUUCACAGCAGCCUGCAUUUAAUGCUCAAGGUCAAGGCCUAGGUCAUGGUUUAGGUCAAGGUCAAAGUUUAGGUCAUCAGGUUCAAGGGGUCAGCAGCAUACAAGUGAACCAACCGUUUUCUUCAGGUUCCCAAGUAUUUUCAGUAGGACAAUACAGUUUGUUAUCAACACCAGCAGGGUAUACUUUGUCAUCUACCCCAAGCCCUUCCCAACAUGCAACCACUUACCACCAAGGCAUUCAGACAUUUGGCAGUUUGCCCCUGCCUACAAGACCAGUGCCUAGUGUAGGGACCACACAUGCUGGAUCACAACUGCACACUACUGAACAUGGCUAUGGUCGUCGUACUCCUAGCAUCUUGUCUAGGAAAAGACCGUCUAAUAUGCCUAUUGCAGGCCAGCAAGAUCCCAUAAAAAAACGGAUGAUUGUUGUAAAUGAUGGUGCCAGCAACAGUGUGUUGUCCACCAAAGGUCAAGGUCAGAUUCCAAAAUCUUUAGCUGAUUAUGUCGGAGAGACGGUUAGAAUUCAGACACCUAUGGGGAUUCAGGAAAUCUAUGUCAAAAAUGUACAACCAAAGAAAAUCUCAGCAUCUGACAGCCCUUCUGCUAAAUCGCCCAUAUUAGCCCAGUUGGUGAACCAAACAGAAAAAAGUAUAGGGAUAAGCAUGACUUAUUUCAACAAGCCAAAAUCUGUGACAAAGCCUACCGAAGGAGAAUCUGCUCUACCUAAACCACAGAAGCUCAGCAAGCCUUCCAGUCCUAAGACCAACAGGUUAGCAGGUCAGCCAAGGUCACCUCGUAAGGGAACCAAAAAGAGGCCAAGGAAGGAAAACUUAAAGAAGUCAUUGCUUCAAGAUGGUGGUGCCAUUUCAGGCCAUCCUAUCCUUCACCCUCAUCACCAACCAAUAACAGUCCCCGCGCCAGAAAAUGAGGAAGAGGUCUCGGACUCUCCAAUCCUCACUCUUCUAGAACACGAGGAGAAGAUGAGACGGGAAGCCCUGCAGGCGAAAAGGAACUCCCCGUACUUCAUGUUUGAAAUCACCAGUGAUGAUGGAUUUAAGGUGCAGGCACCUACAUGGGAAGAGGCAUGGAAAGCUGUAGUUGAUAAGGUACAGGAUGCCAGAACACAAGCCAGGAUGAAGCAGCUGUCUUAUGCAGGCAUUGAUGGUCUGAGCAUGUUUGGACUGAAUCAUGACGCCAUAGUGUACCUGAUAGAGCAGCUGUAUGGAGCCCAGUACUGCAGAAACUAUAGGUUCAAAUACCAUGAAUAUGACACGAGUCAAAUUGAAGAGGAACCUCCUCUUAAUCCCUCUGGUAGUGCGAGAUCAGAGCCUUACAGUGGGGAACGUAAGCCCUAUGACAUGUUCAGUUUCCUGAUGUCCAAGCACAAAAAAUUACCAGAUUUCAAAGAGAACGCAAAGGACAUGGAUUUGACACAUAAAUCUUCAAGAAGAGCUACCAGUCUCUCCAUCCCAAUGGCAAUGAGAUUCAGACACCUGAGGGAGCAUGCUAAUGAAGCUGUGGGAGCAUACAGAUCUCAGAUCCAUGGGCGUGGUUUGUUCUGCAAGCGUGACAUAGACGAUGGUGAGAUGGUGGUAGAGUACGCUGGCGAGGUCAUCCGGUCAGUUCUGACUGACCAGAGGGAGAGAUAUUAUGAGAGCAAGGGCAUAGGCUGCUACAUGUUCCGUAUUGAUGACUUUGAUGUGGUAGAUGCCACUGUGCAUGGCAAUGCUGCCAGGUUCAUCAACCAUUCCUGUGAUCCAAAUUGUUAUUCCAAAGUAAUCAAUGUGGAUGGAAAGAAACAUAUUGUCAUCUUUGCACUCCGACCAAUCAAGGCUGGGGAAGAGCUUACCUACGACUACAAGUUCCCUUAUGAAGAGGUGAAAAUCCCCUGCACCUGUGCCUCAAAGAAAUGCAGGAAAUAUUUGAACUAGAUUUGAUAUGGCAUUUCUCUCAUCAUUGUCAUAUAUGACCCAGAUCAAGCUCUUAAGUGGGUCACAAGAACCAGACUUGAGAAUUAAGAAACAUGAAAUCAGACUUGUCUGGAGAUCUCCAGAAUGAUAUGGGCCAAAUUCACUUCUGUGGGUGAUGAAUUAUCUGUGGUUACAGAGGUGAAACGGGAUGUAAUAGAGGAGGGUGUGAAAUCCCCGCUGUCAUUGUAGUUACAUGGUCUCUGGACCCUGAAGCAUCGCAUAAUGUCUUAUAAUAUUAUCUGACUUUUAUGAAAGGGGGGUUUCUUUUACCUACAAAAAAUUUGAGAACUUAAGGGGAUGUGACAGAACCUUCUAACUCCAUCUGACUCUCCCUUAAGCCUUUUAAACCAAUGCAUGGUGGCCUGAGCCAUGAAGACAAUGUGGUAUACAAAAGGCACCUUUGUGCUUAACUUGCCAGAAAGAUGAAAUGUAUGUGAUUGAGGAAACAUUAUUGUAAACAGAAAAGCUGAAGGUACAUUUGAUGAUAAGGUCAAUUUUCUUGGUGAUUUGCAGACUAGAUUCUGAUGAGUAGAAACUGUUAUAUCUCAGUGGAAGCACAAAAGAAUUUGAAAAGUAGAAAUUGUUAUUUCUCCAAAGCAUAAGACUAGAGAGAAAGGGAAAAACCCUGAUGGACUGACUGAAUCUGUCGAUAUUUGUCAAAACUUACAUGA